AUGAAGUUCUCUACCAUUCUUACUACCGGCGCCGUUGCCAUCUCCAGUCUGAUUGGCAGCGCCUCAGCCGAAGCCGGAUGCUCAAUGUCUCAAAAUGCGGCAACGAGGUUCUGGGAGAUCAAGAUGAGCGAUGUCGAUGACCCUCCGGCUGUGUGCCACCUGCUGUGGGAGAAUCUGAAGCGCUGGCCUGGUUGCACCGUCCAGAAGCCAAACGGCUGCGGCGCACCAUUCGGAGGAAACGAGGUUUAUAUGUACUUCGCCACGACGAUAGUCUGCUCCAGUGGCAUGAUCAAGUCUUCAUACUGGCAUGCUACGCACAACAGAUACGGCGCCAUCAACAGCUGUUGA